CAGACUGUAUACAGCUCGGAGGCUAUAUUUUGCCCCGACUGCCCUGUCACAUCGUUGAAUUGGAAACACGUCGGUUUGCUUUUCAACUGCACGAGAGGUUGCGCCCCUAUCAAGGUAAGGAUCAACAGAUGCAGCACGCAAUAAGCUCAAUCCAACGCGCUGGCUUUCAACUUCACCUUUGGUUUCGCAUUCAUUCAGUGACGUUGGCGCGUGCGGACCGCUAGACACUCAUUCACCUCAUGAUUAAAUCUCCAGCACGACAAACACCCGCCCGUCCGCUCGUGCACCCUACAGCGGACACUGCAAACUCACUUCACUUGCCCAACAAACGCAAACUCGGUUUGACAUAUCCAACAUGCCCGUCGUUCGCGACUCCACCGAAAUACGCAAUCCGGUUGAAAUCCUCCUGCGCGCGUCCCGCCCACAACGCAGCUCAACGCACCUUCUGCACCAUCGAGACUGGCGCUAUGUCACGGGAGUAAGUCGCCACGAAGACGAAGACAAUAUCAGCUACCGAGAGCGCGAGAGCACGCUUUGGGAUCAAUCAGGCUGGGACGCGCAAAUUGGGAUGUUUGGUAAGGAGAAUCGAAGAUACGCAGCGAAGAAGGCGGCGGAACCACAGGAUACGAUUCUCCGCUACGACGAAGAGGAGGUGGAAGAGUGUAGGCUGCCCAUGGGCAUUGGUGGGGCAGCCGAUUUCGACAUGGCAGGGUCUGUCGCAACGCUUAACAAACAGCUCGCUCACAGCGAAGAUGUUGGUGGGAUGUUGACCGUGCCGAAAAAUGUGGCCAGCUCCACACGAGAGAGAACCCUCAAGAGAAUUGCGCAGGCUAGGCGGAGCCGUCAAUGCUUCCGCUCACGAGCGUAUAGCAUUGCUGGCUUCCAACGAAGCGGACCGCUGGUAGGCGAGGUCAUCGAAGAAGACGAAGAGGUGUGGUUUCGGAUACGGUUGGUUGUUUGUUUGAAAUUUUCCUGCCAGGGAACAGACAAGGUGCAACGUAUAUUGGCAGGUGAGCCAGCGGAUGGACAAGCGCAAGUCGUAACGCCGAACUCUCCAGCAAACGAUGUCCUCAACGAGGUGCGAUCGACACCGAAGAAUGAUCAUACGCGACCGCAGGUUCUCUCCGUGGAUGUGUCGGACACAGCUACCACCGCUCCAAUAGCUAAAGCAACCUGUGGCUCAGAUCCCGACACUGACCAUUUCAUGCGAACGCUUGUUCCCUACGAGCGUCCAUGUUUUGACGAGACGAGGAACGCCAACAUGAAGGACAUCUUAGGUACUCCUGAAACACCUCAUGUGGAAGUCUUUGCUCUUUCAGAUUUAUUCAAUUGGUUCCCGGAAGCCGUUCCCGCGGAUGCACUCUUUCCUCCUGAGGUCCCCAUCUCUGCGAAAGAAAUUAUGGCUUUCUACCCCCACCACAUUCGUUGGAAAGGCAUCGCUCUACGCCUGGCUAACAACGCCUAUCUCGGCGACACCAUAAUCGCUAUGCAAGCCUUCUUCCGCGGCAAGGAUAAACAUCCUCUCAGCAUCACCAACGUCAGCCAGUUUUUUUGUGACGUGCUCAAGAAUGAUCUGUCGGACUUCGAAGUGUCUAACUUCCAAUGCAAGCCGGACCGGCACUUGUACACAGACCACCUGAGACCCUCAAAACCUCUCAACGGGCCACGUCAUGGUUUCGUUGUGCCUUCUUUCAACCAAUUGUUGGAGGGCCUGGUGUAUCUUCCUUCUGGUCUCGAUGCACGAGGUCUGACUCAGUGUCUGGCUUGGUACUUAGAUGUACGAGAUACUUUCACUCCGCGACUUGAUCUCAACGUUCUGCAUACCCAAUCGCUGAUUCGAGCCUUGCGGAUGCCAUUGAAGCCUUAUAAACCCCGGAACCUGGACAUACUAGCGCUUCAAGAGUGGCAAGAAAAAGGGCAGUUUGCGAAGAGGCGCCUUGAUGGACAAGGGAGCUCGGAUGCUGACCGCGUCGAUCACUCGCUAAAGCAACUGAUGCGGUCAAGGGUGACAAUCGAUACCAAUACAGAGACCUUGGGUGUGUAUGCUGUCGUGAAGCUACGCCAUAUUCUCAUGUUUCCGUACUUUGCUAUCGGUGGGAUGAUGUGCAAGGCUCUUGAGUUGGGCAUUGAAAAAGCCGAAGCGCGAAAGGCGGCGCGAGAGGUGCAGGAGGCAACUGAAAUAACAGAUUCUACCCAGGAUCCUGCGCAAGAGCAGGGCUUAACGGCACUGAGCUACCAAGAAAAAGCGGGGUCAAAAGACAACAGCCAGGUUUCUCAGGAGAUGCGUGCACUCGGCUUCCCUGUUGGCUACAAGAUUCCGAAAAAGAAACGCCUUCUAUCCGAGGAUGAUGCCUCGGAGAUUCAAUCUAAAAAGCGCUUGGGUCCAGCCCUGGUAGAAACAGGCGCGCCUCUUGGGCCACGGGCAAUGUCAAUAUCCGAGCGUCGGCACGCCAUCGGGCCCCAUCCACUGACAACUGCAGUUCCACCACAAGAGCCUACCAACAGAUUCACAUCGUUUCCACCUCCAGAUCAUGGUCCUACAACUGCACCAGCAUCAAUGCUCGGUUACCGACGCAGCCAAAACCCCAAUCACUAUCAUUCAGCCGCGUACUAAAGCACAUUCUCAGAUCAGCACCACCCGUCGCCUUAUGCAAGCAGGUUGUCGCCUUAUGCAAGCAGGUUCUAUGACUAUGCCCAUCCUAGCCAUGCCGAUUCGCGAACUGUCUCAAGACGGAACACAUUGUACAAUAC